CAGAUGCUCCAGCCAAAAAGACUCAUGGCCACAGAGGACAUAAACCACCAGUGUAAAAAGGUGACUCUGAAGGAGUUUUCUCAGCAAAAACAGGAGCUCGAGGAGCGCAUAGCGCAGCUCUAUGCACUGGCUGACAAGGUGGACAAGGUGCACAGGCGCUGUACCAUCUCCAAUGUGGUGUCCAGGUCCACCAGCACUGUGUCUGGCAUUCUGACCAUCGUUGGCCUGUCCCUAGCACCUGUGACAGGAGGGGCCAGUCUGGUGUUUAGGGCAACUGGGGCGGGACUGAGGGCAGCAGCAGCUGUGACCAGAAUAUCCACCAGCAUCGCAGAAGAUGUAGAGAACCAGUCAGCAAGAGACAAAGCCAGAAGGCUAGUGCCAACUGACAUCAACAAACAGUACAUGGUCCAGGAGAACAAAGAUCAGAGAAAGUCUGAAAUGGAGUACUUAGCAAAAUCUUGCUUUAAAUCCCUGCAAAACAUGGUGGAGAAUAUGAAUGCCUAUAAGUGGGCCAAAGCCAACUGUAGCUUAGUAGCCAAAGCUGAGGCAUUCAUGAGCACUGGAAAUAUCUCAGAUGAAAGCAGCAAGGAGCUGCAGGCAGCUUUUAGAGGCGCAGUUCUGGCAGUGAAGACAGAAACCAAGAGGUCUGUGGGAAUAAAUGCAGUUCCCUCAUUUCUGGCAGAUGUGAUGAAACUUGCCCGAGAGGCAAAGCACUUAGAUGAGGGGGCAAAGGCACAGUUGGCUGAAGAGUUGAGGCGGCAGGCCCGGGAGCUGGAGAGUGAAUUGAAGAAACUCACCCAGGCUUACAAGACUCUGCAGGAGGCAGAGCUGGAGCCUCCUCAACGAGCAGAGCUUCUUAGCAAGCAGCUCCACCUUCAGAGGGAGUACCUCAUGAGCUCCAUGGACGAUGUGGACAAGGGGGACAUUGAGCUGGAAGCAGCGAUCAAUAGCAGUGGCUGCUCAGAAGAAGCUGGAGGUGGACCUGAAGGGGCCUGGAGGCAGUGGGAGGGCACAUAG